GAGGCUUCUCCGCUGCCGUGGGGAACUAGCUACUGGCUACGCUCGAGCAAUCCAGGCUCAGUGGCAAUAUCCCGAUUCUUUACAAUGUCCGUCGUGAAGAGCAUCUCUGCUACUCGCCCUGUUAACCCUCCAGGAUGCUCUAUCGUGCUCACGGAGGCGCAAGUAUGGGAAGGACUCGAAAUCAAGCUUAGGCAUCCGACCACGUUCGUGGAUCUCAUCACCUUUUCCGAACUCGCAGAAGACCACGGGGACAAGAUUGUAAGGAAUAUACGGCUCAAAGGCAACCCGACGCUCAUUUCAGAGCCAUGCUGGUUCUACGCAAACACAAUGGCUCGCGGAACAUAUCCUAACGGGGAAUUCAUCGAAGACGUUAUAUCAUACGGUCCGAAUGACGAGCUGUACUUCAGCAUCACAUGCAUUAACAUCCUCGUUGGGGGACUGGGUGAACCCGAGGGUGGGGAGCCUCCGUCGGCGAAGGUCGUGGCGGCAAGACUUGGAGCUGAGAUAGAGAAGGCAUUACAGCGGAUACGAGAGCUGGUGGAGGACGGCACCAUUCCCAAGUAGCAUAUGACACUGCCGGUGCCAACAUUGAGAACCUGGCACUGAGAAAGCAGAAACUUGCAUUGUAGCAUUUGUUGCAUGACGAGUUUCGUUCCAACCGG